AUGACAUCAGAUAAAUCAGAUACAACAAUAAAUGAUGGGGAUUGCAUUGUUAAGGAUGAAAAUAAAUUGAGUAGCAAAAAGAAAAAGAAGUCAAGCAAAAAGGCUAAAGAUCCAUCAACUCUUACCCCAGAAUACAUAGAAGAACAGCGUCGCUUGAGAAACAUUAAAAAGGAAGAAAAAAGAAAGGAUAGAAUUGCAAAGGGGUUAGAUCCUAGCCAGACGAAUGAUGCUACGGACUUGAGUUUUAUCAAGCGAGAUUUUGUUCCUGUUGAAGAUAUCAAAAAUUCUAAUGAUUUCUUUAAAAUAAAGAUCAUGACGUACAAUGUACUAGCACAGACUUUAAUUAGAAGAUCUCUUUUUCCAACAAAUGGGGAUGCACUCAAAUGGGUAACAAGGUCUAAGGUAUUGCUAUCGGAAAUCAGGUACUACGAUCCUACUAUAAUCUGUCUACAAGAAUUGGACGUCGUUCACUAUAAAUCAUUCUGGAAGAAGGAAUUUGAAGAUCUAGGGUACGAGACGAAGUUUUUCAACGCAUCUUCAAAAACUCAUGGUGUGGCAAUUGUUUUCAAGACGGAAUUCUUUACUUGUUUAAAUCAAAGCUUUAUUAACUAUGAUAAAGAAAAAACGGGGGAUAUAACUCCAACAGCUGAUACUCAAAACAUUGGUUUAUUAGUCCAUUUAAAGUUGAAUUCAGGUAUAAUAGAAAAGUUUCCGAAUAUCAAGAGAAACGGAAUAAUAAUAGGAACCUCACAUUUAUUCUGGCAUCCCUUGGGGACUUUCGAGAGAACGCGACAAACAUAUAUAGUUUUGAAGAAGUUCAAGGAAUUUCAAGAAACCCUUCUGAUCCUCUCAGGAAAUGAAAAUCGGUUCUAUUCAUUCUUUGCAGGGGAUUUCAAUUCUCAGCCUUUUGAUCCUCCCUAUUUAUCAAUCGUGUCGAAACCUGUUGUAUACGAUGAUAGAGCGAGAGCUCUUCUUUCUCCGGAAACCACUGAAGAAGAGGUUGCAUCAAUUUGCAAAAACGACGGCGAUCACAAUAACAAAUCGAUCACGUCCUUAAAGACGGAACCUCUGAAGUUAAUAGAAAAUAUCAAGAUGCUACAUAAUAGUUUGGAUAUGAGGGCUAUUUCGUUAUAUUCUAUCGCAUAUAGACAUGUACAUCCAGAAAAUUCUGGAAGAGAUAAUGAUCGAAACGAGCCUAUGUUUUCAAAUUGGGCUCACGCAUGGAGGGGCUUACUAGACUAUAUCUUUAUCAUAGCUCCUUGGAGCAGAGACACAGACGAUAUAGCCCAUAAAAUCGACUCUCUCGAUGAUAUUUCAAAGAAGCAAAAUGUAAAGCUCUUUAGCUUGCUAAAGCUUCCAGCUCCUGAAGACAUGGGAGACGAGCCUUCGGGACAGCCCAGAAUUGGACAAUUCCCUUCUGAUCACCUCUGUCUUAUGGUAGAAAUAGGUUUAUGCUAA